UUUCUGUUUAUUAUUCUCAUAUUAAAGAUGGCGUUUAUUAAAGAGGAGAUUGAAGACAUGAAGAUUGAAGAAACAUUCAGAGUAAAGCAAGAAGAAACUGAGGAACACACAGACUUGAUGGCGUUGAAAGAGGAGGGUCAAGAUCUGAAUGAAGCAAAAGAAAAAGAUCAGUAUGAGACACAGACAUCUUUUAGCUGCUCACAGACUGAAAAAACUUCCUCACAAAAAAGGACUCAAAAGACAGGGACUGAAAGUUAUUUUACCUGCCAACAGUGUGGAAUAAGUUUCGAUCAACAUGCAAAGCUUGAAGUCCACAUGAGAAUUCACACUGGAGAGAAGCCUUUCACAUGUCAACAGUGUGGAAAGAGUUUUGAUCUACAAGGAAACCUUAAAGUCCAUAUGAGAAUUCACACUGGAGAGAGCCCUUACACCUGCCAACAGUGUGGAAUAAGUUUUAGACAAAAAGGAAACCUUAAUAACCACAUGAGAAUUCACACUGGAGAGAAGCCUUUCACAUGCCAACAGUGUGGAAAGAAUUUCAAUCAAGAUGGAAACCUUAAAGUCCAUAUGAGAAUUCAUUCUGGGGAGAAGCCUUACAUAUGCUCUCAGUGUGGAAAGAGUUUUGAUCUACAUGGAAACCUUAAAGUCCACAUGCGAAUUCACACUGGAGAGAGCCCUUACACUUGCCAACAAUGUGGAGUAAGUUUCACUCAAAAAGGACACCUGAACAGUCACAUGAGAGUUCAUUCUGGGGAGAAGCCAUACAAGUGCCAACAGUGUGGAAAAAGUUUUGAUCUACAAGGAAAUCUUAAAGUCCAUAUGCGAAUUCACACUGGAGAGAGCCCAUUUACCUGCCAACAGUGUGGACUAAGUUUCAAACAAAAAGGAAGCCUUAACAGGCACAUGAGAAUUCACACUGGAGAGAAGCCUUUUAACUGCCAACAGUGUGGAAAGAGUUUCAGCCGAAAAGGAAUCCUUAAUGACCACAUGAGAAUUCACACGUAAGAGAGCCAUUUUACCUGUCAACUGUGAAGAAUAAGUU